AUGGCGAGGGUACCCGAUCUGGAUCAGCUUUUUGCUCGGCCGCCCGAGCGAGACAGAGUUUACAGGAGGGUUGCAUGGGUUUUCUGGCAGUUACCGAGGGUGCCUCCCGAGAGGCAGGUGGAGUUCCGGAUUGAUUUAGUUCCGGGAGCGGCGCCUAUUGCCAAGGCGCCUUAUCGCCUUGCCCCGCCCGAGAUGCAGGAGUUAUCCUCGCAGCUUCAGGAGCUGUUGGGGAAAGGUUUUAUACGACCGAGUAGCUCGCCAUGGGGAGCGCCGAUCCUUUUUGUCAGGAAAAAGGAUGGUUCACAUCGGAUGUGCAUUGAUUACCGGGAGUUGAACAAGCUGACGGUCAAGAACUGUUAUCCACUUCCGAGGAUUGACGAUCUGUUCGAUCAGUUGCAAGGUGCAUCUUGGUUUUCUAAGAUUGAUUUGAGAUCAGGGUAUCACCAGAUGAGAGUACGCGGGGAGGAUAUUCAGAAGACAGCUUUUAGGACUCGUUAUGGGCAUUACGAGUUUGUGGUGAUGCCUUUCGGGUUCACCAAUGCACCGACAACAUUCAUGGACCUCAUGAACCGGGUGUCCAGACCUAUGUUGGAUCGAUCGGUGAUCGUGUUCAUUGACGAUAUCCUCGUGUACUCGAGGUCCAAGGAACAGCACGAGGAGCACCUUAGAGAGGUUUUGGGAGUAUUGAGAUCAGAGAGGCUUUAUGCCAAAUUCUCCGAGUGUGAUUUCUGGUUACGAGAGGUCCAGUUCUUGGGCCACCUCAUUAAUCAGAAUGGGAUUUUGGUCGAUCCGGCCAAGAUUGAGGCUGUUAUAAGGUGGGAGGUGCCGAGAUCCCCCGCCGAGAUCAGGAGCUUUCUGGGAUUGGCCGGCUACUACCGGAGGUUUAUCAGAGAUUUCUCUAAGAUUGUCGUCCCCCUCACCAGGUUGACCCGGAAGGGCGUUACUUUUACUUGGGGUCCCAAGCAGCAGACCUCAUUUGAGACUCUUCGCCAGAGGUUGUGUGAAGCCCCGGUGUUAGCUCUUCCCGAGGGAAUGGAGGACUUCGUGGUUUAUUGUGAUGCAUCUAUAUCCGGGAUGGGUGCGAUGCUAAUGCAGAGGGGACACGUGAUAGCAUACGCAUCGAGGCAGUUGAAGCCUCAUGAGACGAGAUAUCCCACCCACGACCUAGAGCUGGGGGCGGUGGUCUUCGCCCUCAAGAUCUAG